AUGAGCGGCUUUAACGGGCUGGCCGAAAAAAGCUCGGGCAUUUUCAGCCAGGUGCUGAACAAGACUGGCGGGCUGAAGCAGGCGCAGGCGAUCAGGGAUAAGGCUUUGAAGCCGCUGGCAAAUGCGACGGCAAGCAGGAUAGAGCAAAGUCAACAUGCUGUCAAGUCAAAGACGCAGGGUGUCCAGACAUCGGCACAGACGGCGAAUCAACAAAGCAAAAACCAACAGGCCGUCCGCGAAGUCUGCGAUGCUAUUCUGGCCGGCCAGGGUAUCGGAAUGUUCGCGUACCCCAAAUUUAAGAGACUAAUGGAAGAUGAGAGCCUCCGGGAAUUGGUGUGCUCCAAGCUGAACCUUGGUCUGGAGAACAAGCUUACCGAGGAGGAAUACGUGAAGGAAUUCCCCCUGACCCGAGCGCAAUACAAAGGUUACGUCAAGGUGCUGCAGGCCUGUUUGGCUGGCAUCGAGCUCUCAUUCAACACCCCCGGAUCCAACGGGUUGGCGAGCGUUUUUCACGUCCUGGAAAUUGCUCACACCCACUUCUGGAUUAAAUACGCCAUCUGCUUCGUCUCACGACUUCCAGCAAAUGCAGCCACGCCAAAAACUACCGGCCACCUCGUUCGACAUGCGUGCCAGCCCGAAACCCAUUGGAAAACGAGGCCUGGGAGCGAAGCAUCCUCUUCAUCCGGAGCGAUACCUCCAAUGCCACCCCGACCUCCGCCUCCACGCCAGGAGAGCAUACAAGAAAACAGCAAGCUGGCGAGGGAAGCGAGUAUCGAGAGCAGCAGCAGCUCGUCACAACGGACACAAUUGGAAAAGCUUCGGAUGCCACUUUCCCUGCCCGUCGUCUCCAACAGCGCCUCGACAUCCCCCAGAUCUAUCGCCACCCCGAUGGAGCCUACCCGACACUACAUCUACCAGGAUUUGAUAUUGCCAAGCCCCAAUCCUCUUUGGCAAAACACGGUGUUCUGGGAGAACGCCUUCUACGAUGUUGUCGGGCAAGAGAGGGAUAUCAUUGGCAUGGAUCAGGAGCCGAGCGAGAUGAUUGAUAGAUACGCCACCCUAUCCGAUAGUGAGAGAAAGCGGUUAGAGCUGGAAGAAGAUCGGUUACUAUCCACACUUCUCCAUAACCUGACCGGCUACAUGAUCAUGUGCGGAACGGGGCAGAAGGCUAUUCAACAGAAAAUCCGCCGCCUCCUCGGAAAAUCCCACAUCGGUCUCGUCUGCUCCAAAACGAUCAACAUCUUGUUGGACGACUUGCCGCAACAGCAAGGCAACGGUAUCCCGCUAAAACCGCUGGGAAGUCGAUUGGUGCAAAAACAGUCCUUCACCGUCUACGCCGGCUCGAAUGCCCAGGGAACGAUGAUGUUCUUGGAGGUAUGCGACGACGCGGUAGUACUUCGAGCGGUGACCGGUGCUGUGACUGAACGGUGGUGGUACGAGCGGCUGGUGAACAUGACGUAUUCCCCGAAGACGAAAGUGUUGUGCCUGUGGCGACGGCAUGAGGAUAAGGUCCACAUGGACAAGUUCUUCACGAAGAAGUGCCGUGAGCUCUACCUUUGCAUGAAAGCAGCAAUGGAAAAAGCGGCAGCUAGAGGAAGGGUAUCGGUUGAGGGCCGAGACCUUGGCGGAGAGUUCCCGGUACACGACACCGAGACGAAUCAGGGAGGGUUGAUGCAGGUCCGCAUCGACGGCAUCGCCAUCCUGUUCGAAAACUCGCAAGUCUUUAUCGAACUCGCCAACAUCAAAAAGUGCAACACCUACGGCGGCAACUGCUUUGUUUUGGAGGAAUUCGAUCGUAAAAAGGGUGAAAUGGUGCAGCGGCGGUACUUCUCACAAAUGGCCGAUCAAAUUUGCUACGCCGUGCUGUGCGUGUUCAGCUUUGUCGCCGCCGGCCAGAAGAAUCAGGCCUCUCCGAAAAAGUUGGAAAAA